AAUUAAGUCUGUUAUUGUUUCAAUGAUCACAAUUAAUACUUAUUCAUUGUACAUGCUACUUGAUGAUGACUAACUAUCAAAGUAAUUAGUUGAUUAUCUUGCUUGUUACCAUUUCUUUUUUUUGAUUCCUCCUUUUGUCCUACUUCCUGUGGUCACUCAAAUUAAACAAUCGAUGACCAUAUCGACUACUGAUUUUAAUUGACAAUAUCAGGUCAUUAGUAGUAUUGGAUUACAAUUAAAUUUUACUUUUCUUUUAACAAGACUAUUUUUAGACUAAUUAAUUUACUUUUAAAAAGCUGACCAAUAAAUGGGUGGUAGAGGUGGUGGUCAGUUGAAUUGAUUGGAUGGACAAUUACAUUUAAAAGAAAAAUUUUACAAUCAUUCAAGUCUAUUUAUCAUUUGACCAGUUGAUAAUCAACAAGGAUUAACAGUUAACCAUCAUAGUUUUAAUCAUGAUUAUAUGCAACAAGAAUUAUAUUGAGAGUAAAAAGUUAAUCUAGUUUGUUAAAUUGUGUCAUUUGUUUUACUUGUUGAGAAAAAAAUAAUUAAAUUCAAUCCAAAGAAAAUUAAAUCAGUGAUAAUCAAUGACAUCCAAGGGAAUCAAAUUAACUUUUACUUAUGUUGGACCGUUAAUUGUGUUAACUGUGUUGAUUUUAAUCACUAAUUUUCCCGAAGUCAAUGGUCACCUUCAUCUUGGAUUUGGUCAUCGUCGCAAGAUUGAAUUAGCCAAGAAAAUUGGCCUGGCGCUUUUCAUUGCGGCCAAAAAUAAGAAAUUAAUGUUCCCCUUACCAUUACCUUUACCUUUACCUAUUCCAAUCUUUAAAACAUAUCAACCUGUCAUUCAUGAUCCACUGUUUUUCAAACAUCAAUCAAUUAAACAACACCUUGGUAAUCAUUUAGCUGGAGCUACUGGAUUUGGUUGAAAUCAAGUGAAUCUUGUUCAUUUGAUUAAUUA